AUGCGAAUCAGUGCUGUACGUGUGGGCUCGCUUGGGUCGAGGGCCUUACGCCUUCAUUCGUCUGUGGGCCGACUCGCAGAACCUGCGUUUCGACAGAUCAGCACCACUACAUAUCGACCUGCCACAGCUCUACCCAUCACCGCCACCGGACCUCCCCCUAGCGCUCCAGUAGCGACCUCAUCGCAAUAUGGCGACCGAGUCGAGGAGCGACGCAGGAAAGCGGAAAUGCUCAAACAAGGCAAAGAACUCCGGGCAAGUCAAUCGGGGAAAUCAAGUCCACUGAAGAAACGAUUCUGGAAUGAAGUCACCGUCCGAGAGGUGCCCGAUGGAUACCAUGUGUAUCUCGAUUCGAGGCCUGUGCGGACGCCGUCCAAAUCGAUUCUCACCGUCCCGCGGACCAAGCCUCAUCUUGCACAUGCGAUAGCCAUUGAGUGGGACAUGUUAGAAUCGGCGCAACAGGCCCUCAAGAACCACAAUAUUCCCAUGACAUCAAUUGUGGCGCGGGCGCAAGACCUCAUCGAGGCCGAAGCACAAGGCUCAACAAAGACUCGGGACGAGAUCAUCACGGUUAUGAUGAGGUAUCUAGACACAGAUACACUGUUGUGCUGGGCUCCGGAGCAUUCAAUGCAUGAUGCUGCCCAGCUAGAGAUGCAUGCCGACCGCACCCAGUCAUUACGGAAUCUCCAAAUCAAGACUGCGAAACCGAUUAUAAGCUUCCUCACAACCUCGGUCUGGCCCGGAGUGGAGCUUAAACCUGUGCUGGAGGAGGGGAGCAUUAUGCCUGUACAACAGUCCGAAAUGACUCGAAACAUUAUCAGAGGCUGGAUGUCCGGCCUCCCGGCCUAUGAACUGGCGGCACUGGAACGAGCAGCGCUUGCAGGGAAGAGUCUGCUGGUUGCCACCAGGCUACUGAUUGAAUGGAGCGAGGAGUUCCGGGAUCUUCAACGCAUCGAUGAGAAGAGAUUUGGCAUUGAAGAAGCGGCCGAGGCAGCCAGCCUUGAGGUUCGAUGGCAGACAGGCAUGUGGGGAGAGGUCGAAGAUACGCAUGAUGUGGAAAACGAGGACAUCAGAAGGCAGCUGGGAAGUGCGAUCCUGCUUGUCAGUGGACAUCGAUAG